AUGACUAAAAUAAGAAAAGGUAAAUCAACAAAACCUGCAAAAUCGAAUGUACCAAGAAAGAAUUCAAGAAAAGCUCGUCGACAACAACAAAUUGAUGCAGAUAAUAAUGAUGAAUCUCUUAAAAUUCAUCGAUUAGGUCCAGCACCGGUAGCAACAUCAUCAUUAGUUCAACGUUUGCCAUCAACACGUCAAUCGGAUACCGUUCAAUCUAUGAAAACUUCAUGGAUUAAUAAGCAACGCGUUUUAGUUUUUUCAUCUCGUGGCAUAUCAUAUCUGGGACGCCACGUUAUGAAAAAUUUACGUUCGAUAAUGGCACAUUCAAAAAGUGAACCAAAAGCUGAAAUGCGUAAAAAUUUUUCCGUUUUAAACGAAAUAGCUGAAUUACGUAAUUGUAAUAAAAUCUUAUUCUUUGACAUGAAAAAGAAGCGUGAUCUGUACUUAUGGAUGGCAUCUGUACCUGAUGGACCCACAGUUAAAUUUCUCGUAGAGAAUUUACAUACAAUGGAAGAAUUAAAAUUAACCGGUAAUUGUUUACGUGGUUCAAGGCCUCUUCUUUCAUUCGAUACAAAAUUCGAUGAUGAACCACAUUGGAAAUUAAUUAAAGAAAUAUUAACACAAAUAUUUGGUACACCAAAAUCACAUCCGAAAUCUCAACCAUUCGUUGAUCAUGUAUUAACAUUUACAAUUAUUGAUAACAAAAUUUGGUUAAGAAAUUAUCAAAUUGUUGAAGAAACUGGUUCAUUAGCUGAAAUCGGUCCACGAUUUGUUCUUAAUUUACAUUGUAUUUUUGAAAAGAGUUUUUCCGGUAUGCUUAUCUACGAAAAUCCAUUAUAUGUAGCACCAAAUUUAAAACGUCAUUUGGCUAAAGCACAAGCUUCAGAAAAAUAUCAACAACGUAUUUAUCAAAAAUUAGCUUAUGAACAAAAGAAACCAGAAGAAAGUUUUCCAUAUGAUGCAACAGAUGAAAUCUUUCAAACACCAGCUCCGCCAUCCGAUAACGAUGACGAAGACGACGACGACGAUGAUGAUGAUGAUUCAGAAUAG